UUUCAAUUAAAAUAACCACCUAGCAAGCACCAAGUUUUAAAGCUGCAUACGAUCGCUAAAUGUGACUUUUUUCUCUCCUUUUAACGUCGCGACGGGACAGGUUUCACUUUAGUUCCAGACCUGGUUUUCUUAAGGUAGCUUCUCUGAAUCCUUGAGACCAAGGGCAGCAGCUUAACAACAACUCCAUAUUCUUGUUAAUUGGAUCAUCUAUUUACUCACUCUGAGAAGAUCGUAGAAUUAUAAUGGGCAGCAUUGGAACCGGGUAUGAUUUGUCAGUGACAACUUUCUCUCCAGAUGGCCGAGUCUUUCAAAUUGAAUAUGCUACAAAGGCUGUUGAUAACAGCGGAACUGUGAUUGGCAUAAAGUGCAAGGAUGGAAUUGUUUUGGGGGUAGAGAAGCUCAUUGCUUCUAAGAUGCUUUUAGAAGGAUCUAACCGAAGAAUUCAUGCUGUCCAUCGUCAUGCUGGCAUGGGUGUUGCUGGGUUAGCAGCAGAUGGUAGGCAAAUUGUGGCUCGUGCAAAGUCAGAGGCAUCUAGCUAUGAAAGCAUGUAUGGUGAACCAAUCCCUGUGAAGGAACUCUGUGAUCGAGUUGCUAGCUAUGUACAUUUGUGCACACUUUAUUGGUGGUUAAGGCCUUUUGGAUCUGGAGUUAUCCUUGGAGGUUAUGAUAGAGACGGUCCUCAACUGUAUAUGAUUGAGCCAUCAGGAGUAGCCUACCGAUACUUUGGGGCAGCAAUUGGCAAGGGCAGGCAGGCUGCUAAAACUGAAAUAGAAAAGUUGAAGCUCUCUGAAAUGACUUGCCGAGAAGGAAUUGUGGAAGUUGCAAAAAUAAUAUAUGGAGUGCAUGAUGAAGCAAAAGAUAAAGCAUUUGAGCUGGAAAUGAGCUGGAUUUGUGAUGAAUCAAAGAGGCAACAUGAAAAGAUUCCGGCAGAUCUUUUAGAGGAAGUCAAGGCAUUAGCUAAGGCAGCACAUGAAGACAUGGAUGCAGACUAGUGAGAAAAAGGGGGAUUGCUCAUAUAUUUUAGAGAAUUGUCCACCAAUCUAAUUAUGUGGAAAAAUCAUUUGAGAUGUUUUCCAUUCGGAAUCAUUCAUCUUUGGUCUGAAAGUAUAUGGUGACAUUGAAUUAGAAGUAGAAAUGAUUUACCGUUUGGGAAAAUUCUAACAUGCAGAGAAUUAGGAAUCUAUAUUUAAUAUUUAUAUUUCAAAAGCCUUGCAUCUGUCCAUGUUCCCUUUUUGUCACUCGAGACCUUAUAUUAUGAAAUUGGAACCCAAACUAAACAUCUGGCCCAAUAUUUUCCAUUUAAUAAAACAAUCAUGUUUUUUCAGAGUA